AUGGCUGCCGAUCCGUACACGGCCAAGAACAAAGACGAGCCAGGCCUCGAGGAGAAGAUCAAUGCCCUCAACGACUUUGUCAGAUCUUCCAAGUUUGGCAUGAUGACCACGCGCAUUGCGGACUCUGGUCUGUUAGUCUCGAGGUGCAUGGCCCUCGCAGCUCAGGUAUGUCACGUAUCCGAGAUCCUCGCCACCGGCCUUCCUCUGGACAUCCUCUCCAUGAGUCCAGCACGAGCGGAUAAAAGAAUGGACGCAGAAGAGAAGCAAAAACAUAUUACUAACCACCAUGGGACCAUGGGACAGGAAUCCGGCGGCGUCGAUCUCCUCUUCCACACAAACACCGAGUCCGGCAAGACAUCGGACCUCUCGUCGGACGAGCACGUCAACAUGUCCUUCCUGAACUCAUCCGGCAGCUGGGCCUCGAUCUCCGGCACGGCCAGCAUCAUCACGGACCGCGCCACGGUGAAGAAGUACUACACGCCGACGCUGAAGACCUGGGUCGGCGACCUGGGCGACGGCCAGCACGACGGCAGCGAAAACGACCCCCGCAUCGGCAUCAUCAAGGUCAAGGCCCUCACGGCGACAUACGCGCUCCCCAAGGGGACCAUGCUCGGUAGGGGCGUCGAGAUGGUGAAAGGCGCCGUCACGGGCGAGGUGGCCAACGUCAAUGAGCUGCGCGAGAUCAAUGAGCAGGAGUUGCAGCAGUGGCGCAGUUCACACUAG